UAAUCCCAAAUUUGUUGAUGUCGUACGAUAUCGUCUGAUUAACAUUUGUUUUAUAUCAAAAAGUAUCGAAAAUUGUGAACAUAAUGUUUGCUAGACCGGCUUUUAUAAUUAGUGGCGUGGCAGCAGUCGCAGCACUAGGUUCCUAUAUAUUUUGGGGGCCUCCGAAGAAGAAAAAAACAGCUGAUUAUUGCCCUGGUUUAGUUAACUUUGGCAAUACUUGUUUUCUAAAUGCAGUAUUACAAUCAUGGUCAGCUUGUCCCUCUGUAUCAGUGUGGUUGGGUAAUUUCUUAUCUCGUCAUGUAUCAACAUCUACUGUCAAGAAAUACCUGGCUGCUACUAUCUUAAAAGUAUUACGCUUAUUAAAUAAUGAUGGUGAUUGUGAACUAGAUCCUUUUAGUCCAGGUGAAGUUCUUGAAGCUUUAAGAAGAAGGGGUUGGAUUAUAUCACCUGAUGAACAGGAUAGUCAUGAAUUAUUUCAUGUUUUAACCCAAACAUUAGAAGAAGAAACAUCAAGAUAUCCUAGUGUUGUAUCAUUAUUUGAUGUACAAGCCUUACAGAAUCCAUGUAAUAAAUAUCAACCUGAUGGUGUAGCUUUUAUUAGAAGUCAAGGCAAGUUACCCAUCCUCCCUCGUCGAGAAAUGGAUCACCCUUUCCGUGGCUUACUAGCAAGCCAAUUAGAAUGUUAUAAAUGUAAAUAUCGCUAUCCAGUGAAAUAUGACUUAUUUGACAGCCUCUCUCUCAGUUUCCCACAAAAAUAUUGGGGCCCUCUUACCUUAGACCAGUUAUUAAGACAUUUUAUAUGUCCAGAAACAGUGAAUAAUGUAGAUUGUCCUGGCUGUGCUAAAAUAUUAAAAACACAAGAUAUUCCUAAAUCAAGUUUUAAAAAGAAACUAACAAUAGGCAAGUUACCUCAAUGUCUGUGUAUUCAUAUACAGCGAAAACAAUGGUUGAAUUCCAAUGUACCUGUAAAACGUUAUGAUCACAUAGCCUUCUCUGAAAUUCUACAUAUGGACAACUAUGUUUACAUGAAAGCUAAUAAAAAGAAUCUGUGUUAUAGAAAUGGAUUAUUUGGAGGAAAUGAUGAUACUUUAGAUAGCUUGAGGUUUGGUACUCAGAACCAGAAAUUAAUGAUGGAAUCUGCUCCAGUUAAUCUGUUAAGAGCUUUGAAUUAUGACUCCAGUACCAUGAAUGGUAUAUUUGUCCAGCCUCCUAAUUCUUUAAACAUGCAUAAUAUUCAUGCUGAUGAAAACCACAAUGGUCCAGAAAUAAAGCCCAGAGUUGAAUUUACUUACAAAUUAGCGUCGGUAGUUAGUCACCAAGGUAAUGAGUGUUCAGGUCAUUUUGUCUCCUAUCGCAGAAAUCCAGUGCCAUGCGUUAAAGAUCCCAUGGGAUCUAAGUGGUUAUUCACCUCUGAUGAAAAUGUACGCAAAACAAGCUUUACACAGGUGUUGAACUCUGAAGCCUAUAUGUUAUUUUAUGAACGUGUUUAAAUGAAUUUAUUGAAUGAGAUCUGCAGGCAUGCUUGAUGUUAAAAUUAAAUUAUCUUUGGAUGUGGUGUUUGUUUUGCAUCAAAUGCUAAAUUGAACAUAGUAUUUUUGUGAAUUUAUCCUGCCAGUCAUAUGUUAAACAAUGUUACUUAUAAAUUGAUAUCAAAGAUGCAUUUUAUUCAUUUAUAUAUGUGGGUGGCUUGCUUAGUGAUUAGUAGACUCAUUAAUGGGAAAGUCCCUUGGGAUUUUCUGGUCUUGUUACUGCUUGGUAGUGGUGCAUGAUGGAGGGUCUAGCAAUGAAAAGCGCCCCAUACCUUCAUAUGGAACGAAAAAAUAGAUGUCCAAUGUAUACCAUUGGCAGCACAUUAAGAAAAACUGAUAGUGAUAGUUGGAAAUCGAAAUAUUAGUACAUUGUAGCGCCGAUGUCAGGGAAAAUUUUCCUUCACAGCAUGGCAUACACCCCUCUUCAUUAGCUCUGUUGGCGCAGAAUAGUACAUACAAUGUUAAACCCCCUUUCAUUUCAUUUUGUGACUGAAUUGUUAGAUAUCUACGCUUUGUGUGCUUGUUGUCAUCAAUAUAAUCUCCAGCUAGUAAUAUCAACAAAUAAUAUACAAUAAUUAUAUGAAAGUCCAAGUCGUGCACAGACUUUUUACUUAAACCUGGAAUGAGUGAGACAGUUUGGUGUGAUUUAGAAAUUGAGUUCAAUUUCAGGGAAAUUUAAAGAUCUAAAAAAUCUUUAGAAAUGUGGUCAGUGGAAAAUAUAAUACAUAUUUUAGACAUAUUGUAAAUAGUUGUGAUGUUGAGUCACACCACUAGAUACAACAAAAUAAAGGUAUUAAAGAUUAAUGUAAUGGUACUCAAUACAGUAGUAGUGAAAUGAAAGUAUGGAAGAACAAUGUAAUUACAAUGUAUUGUAUACAGUAGCCAAAUGAAAGUAUUAUAUAUGUGUUGUGAAUUAAAGAUGUAUGCAUUUAUUUAGUAAUAUAUGUAUUAUUAUCCAUAUUAACUGCCCUCAAGUGCCAAUAAGUUUUGUUUUAAUUGUUUGAUUUGCUUGUGUAUAUUUAUAUUGUAGUGGGUUUUUUUUUUAGUAUAUGAAAAAUAACAGAACACAAUUUUUAUAGGAAACAAUCACUGGUUUUAUUCUAAUAGCACAACGUUUCGACAAGUAUCCUCUUAUCGUUAUCAAGCACAAUGACAUUUAGUAAACUUGGAUUUAAUAUAUAAGAGUUCAUGAAAAAUGUAAGGCACAUACCCAAGAAGUGAACAAAAAUUUUGUUAUAUGAAUACAGUUCAGUUUGAUAUAGAAAUUGUUAGUCUACAUAGUAUUUAUAUAUGACCUAAUAAAGACAAAUACACACCUAUGUUCUAUAGAAGUAAGAUUGGGGUAUUUCAGUGGAUGACCUAAUUAUCCUUAAACCAACAUAUUUUUAAAAUGUUAAUGUCCUUAUUUUAUGGCAUUUAUAAGAUAUUGAGAAGAAGAAAAAAAUAACAAUCAAGUUUGUUUAAACUAUGUUAUUUUUUUUUGCUAAUAAUGUUUUUAUUAUAUUGAUUGAGAUAUUGUAAUGCUAAUUUGUGUGAGAAUGGCUAUGUUCAAUUGAGUAUAAAGGACUGAGUUUUAUUUGUUACAUAUUUUCCUUUGUUAUAAAUUUUAUCCAAAAUCCUGUUCAAAAGGGAUAUUUUAAUAGUUUUUUUGUUUUUCAGAAUAAUUUGAUGGGAUUUGUUUUCUAGUAAUAAAAGAUUAAUUGAGUUGAGAAAGGCAUUAACUGUGAUAAAAUGAAUGUGAAGUGUGCAAAUGUUUGAAAUAUUCAGAUUGAGUUACCAUCAUUUAAGUGUUCCCGACUAAAUUAGCAGUUACGUUCAUAUGUGAACACUAGUUUCACCAAAAUCAUAUUAAAGUUAUUAAGAUCAAUCAAUUCUAGUCAUCUUAAAGAUAAUUUUAUUUCAAUCUGUCAUCUUACUAAAGGUCUGAAGGAGAAUUCAUUUUUAUCUAUGAACAUCAAGUUCAAGAUGGUAUCUGAACUCGUUUUUUUGUUAGAAUCGUUAAGAUUACUAUCCAAAGAAAAAUUUUCAGCCCUUUUAAGUUUAAAUUUUAAAAAAUGAUUAUUGACUAUGUGGCUCAUUUAGGAUUUCAAUUAUUUGAUGGAAAGACACAAUGUACUUUCUAAUACUUACAAAAUCCCAUUUGUCUAUUUAGUGAUAUUAUCAGACUCAAAAUAGGCAAAAAAUUGGUGGAUUGGCAGGAUUGUAAACUGAGAACUGUGGGUGUUUCCCUAUAUCCACCUUGGUUUUGGUCAGUUUUUUUUCAAAUGUAGAUACAUUCAGCCUUGAAAUAUAAACACAAUUUUUUUUGACAUGGGCAUAAAGAAAGACUGACAAUUAUCUAUGCAUGAUUAGUAGUUUGAAGCUGUAGUGAUAUUGAUUGGUUUCAAAUGGAGAUUUAGGACUUGUUAUGAAUUGCAUGCAUGAACUACACCUUCCUAUUGGCAUUAAAUUAAUUGGCUGCUUCAUGUUAAACUGUAAAUCCAUUAGAUCAAACCAGUUUAUUUUUGACUGAAAGUAAUUGUCUGGAUAAUUAAGUGUAGAUUUUAAGAUGACAAAUAUUUGAGACUGCAAAAUAUGGUACAUGAUAAGGCAGUCACAGCAUAGUCUUUGUGUUCCUCAUGGUCCAUAUACCAGACCAAAAUAAACUUUUUAUUCAGCAGUUAUGUACAUUUACUGUUUUUAAACAGUUAACGUACAUAAGUACAUAACAAUAUUCAAAUUCCAAAUAUGAAAUUAUAAUCCAAAUGUCAUAAGAUCUGUGUUUUGUUUGGUUUGUUUGUUUUUUAAAAUGAAAUCUGAUUCUUUUUAAUGUUCUGAAAUGCUGAUUAAACGAUUAAAAAUACGA